CAAAUACGGUCAUAAGUGUUUAAGGCUUCGAAUAGGUCUGUAAAUUUGUUUAGUCGUCAUAUUUAUUAUUUUAAAUGUAGAGCCUGAUUUACCCGGAGAAGAAACAUGACAAUGUAUAAAAACUGUUAUUACAUAGGCUGACGAUAGAGCAUCGACGCACAUUUUAUCAUCGACACUACGGUUGGGGAGGGAAAACGCCUUCGCGAAAGGCAGUCGGACGACACAUCCGUACAGUGGUGGGAAAGAUUUUUUUAGAGGAAAGCGUUGUCUGUCAAACGUCACAUGGGGUCAGGAGCGAUCGCUUCCUGCAUUGCUUUUUGUCUGCUGUAGUUUAUUUAGUUCACGCCGAAGUAUUCAUAUAUGAAUAUCGCAGGCAGCGUCCGAAUCGCGCGAUUGUAGCAGAAUGAUAAGCAAGGUAAAAAACGCUAUGUCCACUCUGGUCGGCGGCAUGAUACCGCACGGCCAUCACCAGCACGGGUCAGGCGGCAACGCACAGAACUGCGGUCCGGAUGGUCUCCCACCACGGUUCGCGUACACCCGACCCGAGUUCUUGGACCUUACCCCGGAGCUACUGCAGUACUCCACGGAACACGCAUCGCGGCCGGUGCUCACGUUGAAACGGGACAGCAGGCUGCCCUGGCGGACGGGAUACGCAGAGGUCAUCAACGCGGGGAAGAGCAUGCUGAACGAGGACCAGGCCAGCUGCGAGCUGCUGUUCGUCAAGAAGCCCAGCGGCAAACAGCGCAACUCCACCCUGCUGGACGACACCGCCGGGGACGGCACGGGCAUCCCGCUGCACUUCUGGGGCGUGUUCGACGGGCACGCGGGCUCGGGCGCCGCCAUCAUGGCGUCCAAGCUGCUGCACCGGCUGAUCCGCGACCGGCUGUGUGACAUCGCCCACCUGCUGGAGAACCCCGACGCGGCGCCCCCUAUCUGCCUCACCAAGAACGGCAGCCCCUUCCAGCUGGAGGUGAAGAAGGGGGCCGCGCUGGAGGAGGACCCCGACUCCCCCGGGGACCCCACCGCCCGCUUUCACAUGGAGAAGGUGGUCAGCCUGGAGAGCCUGGUGAUGGGCACCAUCGAGAACGCCUUCAAGCAGAUGGAUGACCUGAUAGAGAAGGAGAAGGCCUCCUUCAACAUCUCGGGCGGCUGCUGUGCUCUGGCUGCCGUGCACUUAAUGGGGAAACUCUACGUGGCCAACGCUGGUGACAGCAGGGCCAUCAUCAUCCGCAACGAUGACAUCAUUCCCAUGUCCAACGAGUUCACCCCGGAGACGGAGAGGCGGCGGCUGCAGUAUCUUGGCUUCCUUAGGCCGGAGCUUCUGGGUAAUGAGUUCACACACAUUGAGUUUCCUCGCAGAAUCCAACACAAGGAGCUCGGGAAGAAGAUGCUCUUCAGAGACCACACCAUGGCUGGCUGGGCUUAUAAAACGAUUGUAGAAGAAGACCUCAAGUUCCCCUUGAUAUACGGAGAAGGCAAAAAAGCUCGGGUGAUGGCCACAAUCGGAGUGACGCGAGGUCUUGGGGACCACGACCUGAAGGUGUACAACUCCAACAUCCACAUCAAGCCCUUCCUGUCCUGCUGCCCAGAGGUGAAGGUGUACGACGCUGCGGAUUACAAGCACGGCCCCGACGACGUCCUGGUCAUGGGGACAGAUGGAUUAUGGGAUGUCACCACAGACAGGGAGGUUGCCGACGCGGUGAUGGGCUUCCUGGCCGGAUGCGAACCCAACGACCCCAUGAGGUACACCCUGGCGGCCCAGGACCUGCUCAUGAGGUCACGGGGGGUUCUGAAGGAGCGGGGGUGGCGUCUGCCCAACGACCGGCUGGGAUCGGGCGAUGACAUCACCGUAUUCGUGAUUCCCCUGGCGGGAGCCAAGACGGAGACAUGACAAGCCCCGCCCCCCCAGAUAAGGGUCUGAGGAUCGCUCCGAAACACAAGCCAGGCCCCGCCCCCCUCCCCUGCCUGCCCCGCCCCGCCCCGUCCCGCCGCCUCGCUCCACCCCGCCCCCAUGUCCCCAUGCCCCAAACCCACACCCCCGCCUGUCACGGGGCGCAGAAGACGCCAUUCUCCUACGGACGUCUCCGAUGUGAGCGCCGGUCUCGUCAUCUCCCAGAGCCCCGCCCCCUCAUUGUGACGUUAUUCAUGUUACAGGCGUUAGACGAUGACAUCAUCGGGCGUUCCUCCAUCCGGGCACGUCAUUUUUGUGAUUCCCACCUACUGCCCACUACGAGAGAACUUGGAGCUCAUCAGCGCUUGUGUCAGACUUCCAGCCUAUUCCCGCGGAAUCCCACACGACGGGUGCCGCCUCUCAGCACUUCCCAGCAUGCAUUGCAGGUUCCCUUACAUUAAAACAUGGCGAGAGUAGUGUUCAUGGCUGGCGAAACUCCCCUCUUGCAUUGUGAGUGCGUGGGAAACAGAUUGAUCACCAGAGGGUGUAGGGGUCCAUUUCCAAGGUUUGAAUUGCACGUGUGAUCUAAAAUGGGGUGACGUUCUUGAAGCAAGGUAGUGGAGCCAGACCCUGGAGAUAAACUCCAGUGUGUGAAUGGGUCUGAUGGUUGAGAUUACGUAAGCACUUUGAGUCUCCUUGGACAAGCCCAUCUGUUAUUUUUAAAUGAGUAUUUUUUUUUUUCCUUUUAUGCAUUGGGAUGUUACUGCAGAAUGUUUCUCUUUCUUGGGAGAUUUCGCCGUUUGUUUCUGAAGGACACUUUACCUUUCAGCAUGCUGAUCAAACUUAAAGCGACUCAUUUUGUUUGAGUCCCGGGGGUGCAAGCAGUGAGCUCGAUCCUCUGACUCAAAUGCACUGAAGGCCUAUUCAGUCGCCUCUAAGCACAUCUAAAUAAAGUCCGAUAACACAGAUGUCCAAAACGGUAUUUACAUCAGGCACGUUUGAAAGGUUACAUGUAGACUUGACUGUUAACUCGUUAACAGUGAUACAGCGACUGAAUGCACUGAAGAUUAGCCAAAUAGUAAAGGACUGAAAAAGAAAGAGCAGCUGUCUAUCCGUGGCCUGGCCGAUUGCUUCAGAGAGCAAAGAGUUGAAAAGGCCUCGUUCCCAUUUAAAAGGCAGAUUCUUUUACCCAGACCAUGGCAAUCAUGACUCAAGCCCAUUCUGCCAAAGAACUCAGUCAGUCGAUAACAGGCACUGCAAAAAAACUAUGGCAACGGGACUCUCCGUGCAAAAAUGGCAGAUCUUAAUUACCUAUUGGAACUGUUGCGAUUGCUACGCUACUGGACGGCGAAAUAGUUGACCUACCUCCCCUGUCAGACACUUUUAUUUGUGUGCGUUGCAAAUUAGUUUUGCGGCAGCUUUGGAUAUUUCGGUUAGCGUGCUUAACGGCGUGGACGUUCUGGUGUCUGCUGCCAUGGCGACGUGCCGCGAUCAGUAUCGCUGACUCGCCGUCUUCUUCGUUUGCCCAGUUUUACUUUACGACGGACUAAAGUCAAAAACGGAAUCAAUAGAACGCAAAAUGCUGCCUUGCUGAGCUUGUCGUGAGAUGACGUCGUUGUGUGACGUCAUUGUGUGUGGUAAAGUCUGCAUCUGUGAUCAUUUUAUUCCUACAGAGAAGAGACCAGGUGUCCCUUUAAACCAUCCUUCUGUUUCUCCCCGUUCCUUCUCCAGACUUUUACCGCAUUCAUCGCGUUGAGGGAGACUAGCUGUUGCAUUGAAAACGAACCUGUUUCACGACUGUAUCAUUUCUUUGACAUUGCCUUGUGUAUCUGUACAGUGUAAAUUUUUAGCAAAAUUAUAAUUUGAUAUUUAACUAUCAAGCCUGUAGCAUAAAAAGUGUGUAGCCAAAAAGUACAUUAAAAAUGAAACUUUUUGACAAAAAAAAAAAUACAUUUGCAGUUUUGUCACCUG